AUGUCGUACCAUCAUAGCAGCGGCGGCAACUACAACAACUACUACUACGGCGGCAGCCGCGGUGGUGGUGGUGCGGGGAUGCGGCGGCAGCGCUCCCCAAGCCCGGAGGCGCCUCCCCACUACAGCGGGGGCCACGGCCAGUCCCAGUACUACCGUCCACAACCGCAGCAGCGCCGUAACUCGCCGCCUCGCCGACCGCCGUUUCGCCGCCGCCGUGAGGAAAUGCCGUACACCAUCCCGGACAUUGCCCCCCGCCUUCACGUGCCGCAUGAUUUGCCGGUGGAUGUCACGGCCUUUUUAGACCUCAUCGCCUUUUACGUGGUGCAGGGUGGACCCACGGCGGAGGAGGAGAUCAUGAAACGCGAGGAAAACAACCCUCACUUUGCCUUUAUCCAUGCCCCAUGGCGGGACCCCAUGCAGUUGUACUACCGCUGGCGCCUCUACUCUCUCCUGCAGGGCGACACGCUGCUGCGAUGGAGGACAGAGCCGUACCAAAUUGAGCGCGGCAAUGAGGCGUAUGUGUGGGUGCCGCCGCCGGCGAUCCCCAGUGGUCCGGAGUGCCUGCUUGACGCCUUUAAAGCCCCCCCGUCCUCCUCACUUAAGGCGGGCAGGGGUGAGGAGGGCGACAGAAAGGCGGACGCGGCGACGCCCCCGCAACCGGUUCCCACCGCGUCUUGGCUGUCGCGAAUGUCGGUGUCAGAGGGGGCCUUCUUUGUCACGCUCGACAAGGCGGCCGUCGCGGAGUGGCAGGCGCUGCUGCGCAUGGAGCAGCACGUCACGGAGGUAGCGAGCGCCGCUGGGCUGCCGCUGGAGGAGCGGCUCAAGGCCUUGACGGCGGUCGUGCUGGACGGCGAGCGCAUCGCGCAGCGCAUGGUGUUCGCGGUGGAGCAUCAAAAGGCCGCGCUGCACCUGCUGAGCCUCCUCCUCGACGAGGUGGUGCGGCUGGCAUACGCGUCGGCCGGGCCCCACGACGACGACUGUGUGGAUCGGGCUGGCUGCGGCGAGGCGGCCCUGCAUGCGGCGGCGCGGUGCUGCAUGUGCCUCUCGUACCUCUUCACUCUAAACGACAUUGGCAGGAACGGGGCUGCGGCGGCGCUGACCGACGAGGAGGUGGCGGACAUCGCCCCAUCGUACCAGGAGCGUGGCGGCGGCGCCACCGCCCCGCCCAUUGCGGCCAGCCGCCAUAAUAAUAACAAUAGUACUAAUAGUGGCGGCGGCGGCACUGCCGGUCGACCUUUUCCCACGAGCGCCGAGGUGCCGCAUGCUGCAGUGCCGGGCGGAGCGUCGACGCAGCCGGCGUCGCCCCCUGUGCGUCUGUUGAACCGCGCGCUUGAGAAAAUCAUGCCGACGCUCAUUGAGGCCACCCUCUUCGUGGCACUCUGCACGGUGCAGCAGUACGGCUCACUGCAGGUGGACAACGCACGCGAGACGCCGCGGAGUUCGGCGAAGCCGCCCGGUGCGGAAGAGUUUGAGGGCAUCCUGCCGCUCGACGUUGACCAGGCGGCGUACGUGCACGUGCAGGCCAAAUUGUCCGCGGCGGCACCCCCGGCGCACAACACGACCGCGGCGGUGCAUGUGAAGAAGGAAGACCGCGACGCUGUCUGCAUGAUCGCCAUGCUGCUCGUUUCUUGGCUGAAGCAGUUGUGCUCCGCGUGGGCAGACGCGGACGUCAUUGGCAGUCGCUGCUGGAGCACACUCCUGACAAGGUACGUCUACCUUCUUUCCCAGCCCAUUGAGACAACGUGA